AUGACGGACUCCAGCAACAGGAAGGAGGGCUUCAAAAAAUGCCGGAGCGCCACUUUCAGCAUCGAUGGCUACAGCUUCACCAUCGAUUUGGAGGCUUCUGGCCAGAUUCAUAUUAUUGGAGCAUUCCUUGUCUCUCUGGGGGUUGCAGCUCUCUAUAAGUUUGGUGUGGUUGAACCAAGAAAGAAGGCAUAUGCCGAUUUGUACAGAAAUUAUGAUUCCAUGAAAGAUUUUGAAGAAAUGAGGAAGGCUGGUAUCUUUCAGAGUGCAAAGUGA